AUGACCAAAACCAGCAGUCCCCCAGAAAACGAAUUAUCAUCUCACAUCAUUUUAAUUUUAAUCAUUAUAAGCGCUGAAUGCAUCAUUGGUAUCAUUGCAAAUGGGUUCAUUGCAGCUAUAAAUACAGCGGAAUGGAUUCAGAAUAAGGAAAUUUCCACAACUGGCAAGAUCCUGCUUUUCCUGAGUGUGUCCAGAAUAGCUCUACAGAGCUUCACGAUGCUAGAAAUUAACUUCAGUUCAACAUCCCCAAGCUUUUACAACCAAGACACUGUGUAUGAUACAUUCAAAGGAAGUUUCCUGUUCUUCAAUUACUGUAGCCUCUGGUUUGCUGCCUGGCUCAGCUUCUUCUACUUUGUGAAGAUUGCUGAUUUCUCCUACCCCCUUUUCCUUAAGCUGAAGUGGAGAAUUUCUGGAUUGAUGCCCUGGUUUCUGUGGUUGUCAGUGUUUAUUUCCUUGGGCCAUAGUGGAUUCUUCCUCAAAAACGUCUACACUGUGCAUUGUAACAAUUCUUCUGCUAUCCCCUCCUUCAACUCCACGAAGAAAAAUUACUUCAUUAAAACCAAUGUGAUCGACCUGGUUCUUCUCUUUAACACGGGGAUCGUCAUCCCUCUGACCAUGUUCAUCCUCGCAGCCACCCUGCUGAUCCUCUCUCUCAAGAGACACACCCAGCACAUGGAGAGCAGUACCACUGGCUCCAGGGACCCCAGCAUGGAGGCUCACAUGGGGGCCAUCAAAGCCAUCAGCUACUUUCUCAUUCUCUACAUUUUCAAUGCUGUCGCUCUUCUUCUCUAUAUGUCCAACGUCUUUGGCAUCAACAGUUUCUGGAAUGUUUUAUGCAAAAUCAUCCUGGCUACCUACCCUGCUGGCCACUCCAUCCUACUGAUUCGGGACAACCCUGGGUUGAGAAGAGCUUGGAAGCGGCUUCAGGCUCGAGUUCAUCUUUAUUUCAAAGAGUAG